GCGUUACUUGACGCUGGGGGGGUGGCGGCCUGAUGACGGCGCGUGCCGGGGCUGCUCCUGCCCUCACAUCCCGCCCGGAGCGGCGUGGCAGGGAAGCUCCGCACUGCUCGUUAGUCAUGACGCCCGGGGCGGCGAUGCUUUAAACUACUUCCUUCCCACGUUCUUCCCCGUCUGCAGCCGACGUCUCUCUGUGGCUCCCCGCCGCGGGCAGGGGAAGGCACGGGCGCUGUCUUGAAGGCGGUGACAUAGGCGCACCCCACCUGGUUCCAGCAGUAGGGUGGGCGGGGUAGCUCCCCAGGAGGGGCGCGUUUGAUUCCCCGGCUCCGACCCUCACUCAGGACCCUGGGUUGGUCCGCGAACUCUGUAGAGCCUUAACGGGAGAGCCGCUUCUCGCAGCGCUUCCCCGGCCGGCACUGCUGCGCCGCCGCGCCUUGGCCGGACGCUCCCGCGGGUGUUCGGGCCCGCCCGGAAGGGGCGGCGGCCCCGGCGAUGGCGGACGAGGCGCUCUUCCUGCUGCUGCACAGCGAGAUGGUGGCGGGGCUGUACCGCGCCGCCGAGCAGGGAGAAGGGGAGAACGGGCGCUGCACCACCAAGCUGGAGAGCAUGGGCUUCCGCGUCGGGCAGGGGCUCAUCGAGAGGUUUACAAAAGAUACUGCCAGGUUCAAGGAUGAAUUAGAUAUUAUGAAGUUUAUUUGCAAAGAUUUUUGGACAACAGUAUUCAAAAAACAAAUAGAUAAUCUAAGGACUAAUCACCAGGGUAUUUAUGUCCUUCAAGACAAUAAAUUUCGUCUCUUGACACAAAUGUCUUCAGGAAAGCAGUAUUUAGAACAUGCACCAAAGUAUUUAGCAUUCACCUGUGGACUAAUCAGAGGAGGCCUAUCAAAUCUGGGAAUAAAGAGUAUUGUAACAGCUGAAGUUUCAUCAAUGCCUGCAUCAUUUUUCAAGGUGGAAUUUGUUUGAAGCUGCUGGGCCACAGGAGUCCAUGUGAACUUCAGGGUAAAUUUCAGGUGAUGAUACAGAAGAUGUAGAGCAGAUUCAAAUCUGGGUAUCUACUAUAAAUAGCCUUUGUAUGUGGAUUCAGUAUCUUGGCUCAUUCUUGUAUAUAACAUGUAAAUUAUAGCACUGUGCAGCACAAUUCCAAAAUAUAUAAUAAAUGCACAUGGAAAUAACACUA